AUGCCGACGACGACGACCGACACGUCUGGGCGGGCGGCCGCCUGCCGGAUCGCGUCCAGCAUCACCGUCUCGUCCGCCGCGUACGUCUGCGUCUCCACAAACGGCGCCAUCCCGGGCGACUCGUCCAGCGACACCGUGUCCACCACGUACUUUCGUCGUCGUGACGCCGAGAAGGGCGAUGCCCUUUUGGACGACAGCGUCAAAGGCCUCCGCCUGGGUCUCGCCGCCGCCGACGUGGGCAACCCCGACGCCGUCCAGUGCGUGGAGGGUCGUGCGCAGGCCGCCCACGCCAAAGUCCAUGCCGUGGUUGUUGGCCACCGUCACGACGUCCAAGCCCAGAUCGCGCAGCACGGGCGCAUGCGACGGAUCCGCGUGCAGCGCAAUCAGCUUCUCGGCGCCGUUCACAAAGUUGGCGUCGGCGGUGUGCAGCUCGCGGUAGACCGGGUUGGCGGCAACGGGCCGGUGCAGCGGGCCAUUGAUGACGACGUCGCCGCCGACGACAACGGAGAUGGGCAUUUUGGAUGGGGUACAAACGGUGAUGAGCGAGAGGUCAAUACGAAUGCUUCCAACGGGCGGCAACACUUUCUCCGGAACGACCUUGUGGAGCAGGUCUCCUCAAAUGCAUCUCGCAACACCAUGUCUGCUCCAUACACAGUGCACACGUCGACACUCUUCGACCCAAAGCAGAAGAAGUUUGUCUCCGACGUGUCCGUCACGGUCGACCCCGUCUCGGGAAAUAUCGUCAAGGUCGAGCAGCGCUCGCCGGGCGCUCUGGGUGAUGUUGUGCCCGCCGGCGACAUUGACCUGCGCGGCAAAGUGGUGAUGCCGGGUCUUGUGGACGCCCACGCCCACAUCUUUCUGCACAGCUACGACGAACGCCCGUCGCUGAACCAGAAGCGCGACGAGAGCAAUGCCGAGCGCAUUUUGCGCGCCGCGCAGCACUGCCGCACGGCCCUUCUCGCGGGCUACACGACGUACCGCGACCUCAGCUCCGAGUCCAUGGGCGAGGCGGACGCGCAGAUUCGCGACUGCAUCAACCGGGGGCUCAUCCCGGGCCCGCGGCUGUUUGUGGCCACGCGCGCCCUCGCCAGCACCGGCUCGUACGAGCUGCGCACGGAGAACCACGCCAACGGCGUGUGCUACCCACGCGGCGGCGAGGCCGUGGACGGCGUGGACGAGGCGCGCAAGGCGGUGCGGCGGCGGCUGGCGGCGGGCGCCGACGUGAUCAAGUUCUUUGCCGACUACCGCCGGCGCAUCAUGCGCUACCCGCCGGCGCAGCAGCACCCGUACGUGGUGAGCGCCACGCACCCGCCGGCCGACCCCAACCCGGACAUUGUCGUCUUUGCGCAGGAGGAGAUGGACGCCAUCGUGCGCGAGGCCCGCCUCGGCCGCGCGCCCGUGGCCUGCCACGCCGGCACCCUCGAGGGCGCGCGCAUGGCCGUCGCCGCCGGCGUGCACACCAUCGAGCACGCCUACUACGCCGACGCGGCCCUGUUCCGGCAGAUGGCGGACCGCGGCUGCCUGCUUGUGCCGACCCUGGCCGUCUGCGAGCGCCUGCACGCCAAGCGGUUCCCCGCGAUCCUCGCGCAGACCACGCUCGCGCACCGGCUGGGCGUCCGCCUGGCCGUCGGCGGCGACACGGGCACGUACCCGCACGGCCAGAACGCGCGCGAGCUUGAGCUCCUGGUCGAGGGCUGCGGGCUCCCGCUCGAGAACGUGCUGGAGGCGUGCACGGUGGGCGGCUGGGAGGCGUGCGGCGGCGCGCUGUGCGGCGUGCCCUUUGGGUGGCUGGCCGCGGGCGUGCGCGCGGACCUGAUUGCGCUGGCGACGGACCCGCGCGAGGACCUGCGGGCGUUUCGGCGCGUCGACUUUGUGAUGAAGGACGGCGUGGUGUGGAAGCAGGACGGCAAGGGCGUCAACAUGUACGAGGACGACCACACCUGGGUUGGCUGUGAUUGA